UCAGCUAGCGUGUGAUAAGAAACCCUUUGGCUUCUUAUAUUAAGACUAUAAUAUACUAAGCAAACGAAUUCGCUUAAAUAAACUCAAAAGGAAUUGAUUUAAAGGAUAAAUUAUUACGGCAGUCGAAUCGCCAAAAGUCCAUUCAAAUGCCUUUUUUUACGAAAAUGUCAGCUCACUUCAGGAGUAGUGGCUAUACUGCCAAAGAGUCUCAAUCUAAAUCCAUCUGUACUGACAAGGAAAAGAAUUAUUUGCCCUCCAAACACGAUAAUGGAUUAUACGCAAAUAAGGAAAAGAUAGCCGAAUGUCGUGAUAAUGAAUAUCACAAGCAUAGUUACGGUGAUCGUGUACGUAAAUUACCGAACGAGGAGCACUCUCAACAGAUUAAAAACGCUAAUGAUAAUUAUGUCGAUUGUCGGGAUUAUCGUAAGAAUAAAGAAAAAUGUUCAUCAUGGGACAUAAGAGAUCAGGACAUAGGAGAUCAGGACUAUCGUAACACGAUUGAGAAAGGCAAUUUGAAUUCCAAUAUCGAGACAAGAGAUUCGAGUAACACUGUGGACAUUGAGGUGGAGGAUAUUUUCGUAAAUAACGAUUCGUUGUCAUCGCCAAAGACGAAAAGAAAUGGCAUUUCGCAGCACGAAAAGCAACGCUCCGGCUCGCUGGCUCGUCAUCACAAACGCACAUCCGACUCUUACGAUCGACAAAACGGCAAAUCGCGAGAAAAUAAUAUUGCCGAGCCUUGGAGCGAAGAAGAGGAUGACGAGCCUCUAGUCACAACAAUCACCGAGGAGCGUGCCAAAUAUGCGAAUAACAAUAACAAUAAAAAUCAAAUGCUAAAGCAAAUUGAAAAUUUCGGUUCCUUAAAAAAGCGGAAUGAUAGAAACGUUGGACUGAAUUUGGGAUUUCGCGCAAUAGUCGAUCGAUUUAGAAUGAAGAGCGAUAAUAAGGACCGAGGAAGGGCCGAGCUCUCCCAAAGAAACAAGAAGCAGGAAUACGUAAAUGAAAACUGGCAAUAUGAUAAUAGCGAUAAUAAUCAUUACAAGGGGAAUAAGAGCCCGAGAAACGUUGAAAUGAAUCUGGCCAAGUAUUCGAAAGCUGAAAGAAAUCAGCGAAUAAAGGACUACGAAUUCGAAUACGAUCUACCCGACACUAGACGAUCUCCCGAUAAGGAUGAAAAUUAUUAUCAUACCAAGGGAAAGCAUCGUCACGAGAACGAUAAAUCGAAACGCAAAAGUUACGCCUUUGAGGCAUCGCCAGAAGAUUUCGACGUAAGAAUUCAAAAAUACGAACGUGCACGCCAUGAUAAUCCUCGGGCGCAGCGAAAAAAUUUAUUACACGAGCGAGCAUGUAAGGAUUUCGAUAUCUCGCAGAAAAACGCUUCGAGAAACGGUAAUGGCACGAGCAUACCACGAAAAGUCAGUUUACGAGAGAAGAAUAAGGAUUUAUUGAGACGGCGUGAGUCAACGAAGCAUCGAGUUUUUAAAUCCAAGAUUUCGGAAAGACAUUCGCGGCCGUUAACUCCACCCACUAAUCAAUCGGCCGCAAAUUUGGAGAGCUUUCAAGAUGAUACGCCCAAGGAUCGCGUCAAGGACCCGUCGAGGAAGAGCUUCUCCAUGAAGGAAUGGUAUGAGAGUAAUCGGCAAUUCGCUACGAGAUAUCUCAAGGAGCACAGCAAAGUCAAGGAAUUAUCAAUGUCCGAUGUCUCGGCCAAGGACGAAUUUAUAUUCGGCUCACCCACUAAGGAAUGCAAGACAUUUUUUCAAAUCGAUAAUCACGAGCGACAAUGUCAUUAUAUUGAGAGAGAGCCGUUAGAAAAUGUCGGCGACAAUGCGGAUGGAUAUCGGGAAUUUACAACUCUAGGCCAAAGCGAGGGGACGAGUUUUAUAAAAUGUCGUACGAACGCGGAAAAGGAUUCGACGAAGCGACGAUGUGGUAAAGAGGCUGAUAGUGUUACGAAUGGUAGAAGGAGGCAUCGUUGCGAAUCCGUAGAAGAUGGGGAUGAAGAAGAUGAAGUGGAGGAGGAAAAUGAGGAGGAAAGGAUAUCGCGGCGAUCGGAGAUUUGCGGGAGAAGUUUUGUGAUGCCAAGGAGAAAAAUCUGGAAUUACCGAGAUGGGGGCGUUCAUAUAACGGAUGUCGAGGAAGGUCAACCUUGUUUGCAAUGUGGCGAAACCUGCUCCGGAUUUCUGCCGCACAUCUGGAGGUGAGUUGUACAUCGCUCAUAAUGGCCCUUUAUGCCCUCUGGAUCACCCUCUGGACUAUUAUUAAUAAUGAACAAUUUGAGAUAACUAACUGCUGCCAUUAUAGUGGGAAUGGCUUAUUCUUACACAAUUUUUUAAUUUGUUGCAACUUCGUACGUACCUUUUAUUUCGUUGAAAAAGUUUCUC